AUGAGCGAUCACGGUGAUGACGAUCGAGAUGAUGAUGAAUCUAAUGUUCGAUCAUCUCGCGAAAGACGAAAUAGUCAUAAUGAUGAUAAUAGUAGCAAUCAUUCUCAUCGAUCAUCGAGCAAACGUCAUUCAAAAUCAAGUUCAAAAGAUAUAUCAGGUAUUGGCAAAAAAGUAGCUGAAAAAAGUGGUGGUCUUUUUUCACCUGAAGAUUGGAUGUGCAAAAGUUGUGGAAAUAUUAAUUGGGCACGUCGAACAACUUGUAAUAUGUGUAAUAUGCCGAAAUAUCAAAAGGCUGAAGCACGAACAGGUGCUGGUGGUGGAUAUAAUGAACGUGAUAAUGUUGAAUAUAAUGAACGUCGUGAUGAAUCAGAUAGCGAAUAUGAUGAAUUUGGACGUAAGAAAAAAAAAUUUCGUAGUGCAACAGAAUAUGAAGAUGAAAAAUCACGUAAUAAAAAACGAAGUACAACUAAUUCGAAAUCUCGAUCAUUGGGAGAGGUUGAUGAUGAAGAAGGUGAUGAUGAUGAUGAAGGUUUUGAUGCUUCAAAAUAUGCAUUAGACAGUGAUGAUGAUAAUGAAGAAAAAAAUAAAAAACAUCAAAAAGCAAGUUCAUCAAAUAAUAAUAAAAAAUCAUCUGGUAGCCAUGGAAGACGAAAUUCACGUUCUCGUUCAAAUUCUGCAUCAUCGAAUAGUCGUUCAUCAUCUCGUGAUGGUCAUUAUCGUUCAUCGUAUGAUAAAAAAUCUAGCCGAUAUGAUAAACCAUCUUCUUCAAAUACAUAUAAACGAUCAAGUUCACCACGUAGUUCAAAACGAAAUGAUGAUUCUUAUGAACGACGACAAUCAAAAUCUCGUUCACCUGUUAAUACAUCAAGUCGAAAUCAACAAAAGAGUUAUCGUCAUUAG